UGUCAAAGGCCGCUCCUCGCCGCCACCAUCGGUCGCCCCGAGAAGUGCUCGCCCAGCAGCGCGACCGCGUGAUCGGGAAUUCCCUCGCGGCCCGGGAGUGUCUCGCCCGGAGCUCGGGACUGUGGCCCGCCCGCCGGAGCUCGACCGACUCAACGCCACUCAAGAGUCUCCUAAGGACUGCCUAGGGUACCCAGGGUCCGAUCGACGAAUGGUCCUACUUUCAAAGUCUGGGGUGAGAUCUGCGAGCUUCGCGUGUGCAUGGUGACGACACCAGCAAAGAAAAUUCAGUUGGACGCCCCGCGCCCGCAGCCUUUCGGCUUCGUGCAGCAGCGCCUGGAGCACGGAACAUUCCGUCACUGCUCUGGCAUCGGCAGCCACAGCACGUGCAAGUUCGGCGGGCCACUGCGCGAGUGCCGCAGCAGAUACUGCGGCACCACGAGCGGAGCUUCGUCGCCUACAUAAGCGCCGACCGCACAGCAGCAAAGUGCAGACCAGGGGAAUGCAUCUAGACAAGAGCUAAGCUGUAAUUUUCCUGCUUUAGGUACCUAAAGACGUGGUCCCGGAUCAUGGUGUCGUCAGAGCCGCAUUAGAAGAAAUCCUGAGGCUGAAGCUUCAUCGUAGCGAUUUCACCGAUUUAUCAGAGGAGCACUCAAGUCUCGCGAAGAAAUUGGUCUGGCGGCGCAAGAACGGUUGCCCAAAGUGGGAGGAAGAUUACCCAGCACCAACCUACGCAGGUCGAAAACAAAAGGACAAAGAAGUCAAGCAGCCCAAGAACAGGCCCCUAUGAAAGCUGAUGAGUCCUGCACUGCCUGUGAAGCACAAGUUAAACGAUGUCGGAUCAGCCGGUGACGUAAAAAUCGUACAGUUCCAAAUUGAAAACAUCCCCAGCCCCUAGGAAGUGCCCUCUUGGAAAAAGGCGCCAGAAAUGGCGCUUCCGGUAGUGCCGGGGCUCAACAUGAACGUACUUCUGCAGUUUCCGCUGGCGUCCAGCUUGGAGAAUCUGAGCCUGGAGGCAGAAAAUACGAGCAGCCAAUUUCACAACGUGACAAGUUAUCACGUCUCAGUAAUCAAUGAUUACAUAACGAGCAUUCCCGCCGUGAAAGCUUUCUUCUACUGCAUAUACAUCUUGAUUUUUGUCGUGGGCAUUUGCGGUAACGUGCUCGUGUGUUAUGUCGUAUUCCGAAACAAGUCCAUGCAGACCGUGACCAACUUCUUCAUUACGAACUUGGGGCUCUCGGACAUUCUUCUUUGCACGCUGGCCGUUCCUUUCACGCCACUAUAUCAGUUUAUGCGCAAGUGGGUGUUUGGCCGAGUACUGUGCCACCUGGUCCCCUACGCGCAGGGCGUCAGCGUCUACAUCUCCUCCUUCACCCUUAUGGCCAUCGCCAUCGACCGAUUCUUCGUGAUCAUUUACCCGUUCAAGCCGCGGCUCCAAAUAAAAGUAUGUUUCAUGAUCAUUGUUUGCAUCUGGUUGACCGGAGCCUUGCUGACUCUGCCCUACGGCAUCUUUAUGCACCUUACUCCGGAUCCAGAUGACGGUCGACGACACUACUGCGAAGAGAAGUGGCCAGGCGAAGAGAGUCGUCGCACCUUCAGCUUUUCGACAAGCACUCUGCAGUUUGUUGUUCCUUUCGGUAUAAUCAGUUUUUGCUACAUGCGCGUCUGCUGCAAGCUUCGCGACCGCGCACGUGCCAAGCCUGGCGCCAAGUCGGUCAAGAAAGAGGAGCUUGAGCGCAAACGGACUAGACGCACCAAUCGCAUGCUCAUCUCGAUGGUGGUCAUCUUCGGCGCCUCCUGGCUACCCCUCAACUUAUACAAUCUCGUCAUGGACUUCUUUAUUCAAGCUGCAAGCUGGAAAUACGCCAACGCGUUCUUCUUUCUCUCCCAUGCCGUCGCCAUGAGCUCGACCUGUUACAACCCUUUCUUAUACACCUGGCUCAACGAGAACUUCCGCAAGGAGUUCAAGCUGGUGCUGCCCUGCUUUAGCGCUAGUGCACCCGCUCGUCGCACCAACAGCUCCAAGCCAGACCGCACCUGUUGCAACGGGCGCGAAGAGGUCCAGGAGUCGUUCGUGCCUCUCGCCUCCCAGCCGCCAUCGCAGCAGCCGGCCACCGACGACACUUCAGCAUCUCGCACCACGCCCCCAGCUCCUGCUGUUCACUACGUAUGCGAGACGGACACCGUCAGGUUACACGUGUCCAACGACUCCAAGGAGGAGCUGUGAGCACUGCAACAUGGAGAAACAGCUGUGACUUUACGCUGGGCCUUUUCAACGCUGCUGCUUUUUUGAAGGCCCACAGGGAAUUUCCUUCAAACAUGACACUCUCCAUCUUGUGUUGUGCGUUAUUGCUUUGACAGGGACAGUCUCUGGAAACGAAGCCCUUUUUUGUUAUGCGUACGUGCCACAUGCUGCUUAUAUGCUUGUGCUGAAUGCCAGGUGAGCUCACCCUGUACCUUGCGCGUUAAAGCAAAUGAGUUUACCAAAUGCUGAUUAGAGGACUAGAAUUUGACCCAAUGUUGGGAGAGUUGUUGUAGACCCUCGAAGUACUGAAUCAACGUAAGUGUAGGUGAAUAAAGUGCCACGGACCCAUAAAAAGUGAUUGUCAAAGCAAGACAGAAUGGAGUAGUGCAGUUUAGUGCAGAACAUUUUGUACAACGAAAAAGAUAGUCAGUAAACUGCAUUAAAUUGUCGACGGUCAGCCGUUCUCAGUAUAUUAGACUGGCAUAACAACGGUGCGUCCCUUUCCUUCAUCAGGUACAAUCACCCUCAACGCUUUCUAAGCCGUGAUGAUAAAAUUCGCUGGUGAAUUUGUAGAUGUUGUGAAGCAAAUUCUUCUUAAUAUUUUAUACAGGUGCAAUCGCAUAAAGUUAGCAUUUACUGCCCUAAAAGCACUGCUGUAAACGGCGUGUUUGAAUCACUCCCAAUUUACCAGCUGAUAUUGCUAUGAAAUACAAUUCGACUCAAUCACAGCAGACACGAGACGCAGUGAAAGAAAUACCUUACUUCCUGAAUGUCUUGUGCUUCGCAAUAAGACAGAGGUUUAUCUAUUUGUUAUAGAGACAAAGAGCAAAGGGCAUCGUGCAGAUACGCUAUCUUGGAUGUAUCAAAACACUUGGCAUUUUGACUUGCUCAAAAACGUUUCACAUUGUCUCAAAACCUGAUGUAGUUUUCUUUAACGAAGGAUAAUUGUAUUUAUCCAUGCAAAGAGAUCAUCUCUUUCAAGUGGAAUAUAUUCCACUAGCUGAAUUUUCAAGGCCAGGCCGGUGCAAAAGGUUUCGUGUGUUUAUGUUGUUUUUGCUUGUGAAGGUAGCGUUUGUCUUGGCAUCAAAACUGGCGGGAAAUUUUUGACUCGGUGUUUCUUGUUGAUAUCUCAAUGUGUGUUUCUCUCUUUCUUAUACGCUGCUGCCGUAUCUGAUAAAGUGCGCCUUUUGCAAUCCAACAUGCGCCCGUACGCAGGUGCAAGAGGCGCCUCUGUAGAUCUGUAUAUACAAUGACAGGAUUAGUACAAUUCUUUUUUCUGUAAUUUCAGGAAUGUGUGUUGAAUUUUAUAGGCUCCUCGCGAGUUCUUAACUAAUACGUUUCGCCUGGUAUUUACCGAUGUCACACGUGUGCAAUAACUGGAGAGCUGUCUGGGUUAGCUCUGCGAAUCAUUCUAAGGAAAUAUUUAAGUGCAUUUUUAGUUUACCAUUAACGAUGGAUAUCUACGUAAAUUAUAUUUCAACAGGUACUUAAAAUGUUGUGUGGGACUACGAUCUGAAGGCGCUAAAAGUCUUUGGAUCCUGGAAAAGUAGCGCUAGCCUUCUCUGUCUGCUAGACAGAUGACGAAAACCUCGCAAGGGGAUUGGUUAAUCGGUCUCCGUUGCUAUGGCGAUCGCCAUUUCGGCUCCUUCAAAUCAUCGAAGCAUCGAGAGGGUCGUUCCAAUCCAGUCGCACAAAAAUCACCUGGAGCAUCAUCGUACUGAAGGCAUUCCUCGCCAAUAGAAGCGUCUUUGGCACUGUGUAUGCAAUCAACUUAUUAAUCACGCCCAUCUCCACAAAUCUUUUACUCUUAUAUUGUUCUUCUUGCGUAUUUCAUAACAGAAAGACUAUUUUUCAAUGUUUCCAAGCACCGACACCGGAUGUGGUGGUGGUACGCAAAUGUACGCUUGUUUCGCCGGUGUAUGGAUAGCAAAAUCUUGGUAUACAAUAAACCUGUCUAUAAAGCUACCCGUCACCACCUAAUCUAGAUCGGCUCACCGAACACGGAGAGGUAAAGGUGAAAUUGCUCAUUUCAUGAGCCAAAAUGCCGAUCAGAAGGGGAGCUUGGCGCUACAUUCCCACGAUCCAGUGACUUUAGAGGCGCUCUGCGAUUAAGAGGGGCAGGUUUAUACGGCAUUGGAAUUACGCGUGUAUGUGUCGCGGGUGGAGGACGGGAGAGGGGGGGGGGGGGCACAGGGGAGAAGAGGAUACAUUAAGAAACAUUCUACAGGCCCAAGUUUGUGGUUUUCAGAGUGACUUUGGCUGCUCUCUAGUCACGCUGGAGAUACAAAGAGCCUGGCAAUUCACGCUGCCGAAAACCUUUCGACCGACCUCAUUCAAUUCUGAUAUCGUAGUGGCAGAUUUUGUAACGAUCAGAUAAGAAAGAAGACAAAAAAGUUGUGUUCCGCGUCAAUAUUUUUGCUUAAUUUUUCGAAGACAAACAAACAAAAGUUCAGUUUUAGAUGUAUGAAGAAUAAUUUAAAUUCCUGAGCCAUCUCACGAAAAUAAGCGGGUUGAUCGAAUAAAUACGUAAAAAGGGGCCUCAGUGUCCCUUUGAAAGGAAAGCGCCCCGAGAGCGCACAAAAGGAGAGUGCCAAAGCAAGAGCGCACGAAACAAGAGCGCCGUGACACGAGAGCGGAUGCCAAUAGGGCGCGCGGGACACAAAGGCGCUAACGGGGGCGGCAGCUGGGUCGCUAGAAGGGUUUAGUACCGGCGACAGCUGCGACAUGCAUGACAAAAUCGUAAAGCACGUCAGAAAGAUGACCGAAUCCGUCCAUGGCCUGAAAGAUUUAUCACAAUACGCCAUUAAAUCUGGAGCCAUCUUGUACUGGACCAUUUUGGUCAGGAUCCUUUUUUCCCCUUCCAUUCGCCCGUGCAGGGCAAGCAGAUUGUAAGAAUAAUUGCCGAAUUUAGCUUCUUUUUUUUUCUAGUCGGCGUCAAAAUUGAGUAAUGACCAUAACAUGUAAAGUUUUUUUUUUUUUUUGCCACAUUAAAUUUUUGUCGGAAAGCGGUAGAAAAUACCCCCAAAGCAAUUUUGCACGCUAACAUAUAGGAGUAUAUUUUCCAAAAUAUAUACACGAUAUGAGCAGACUCUGUCAACUGACCAGGCCGUCGACUCCAAAUGAAAAACAAAUCCCUUCGUCAAAACCUUUUGAAGGUCUUAGUCGAAUAGUGAGUAAUUAAGCCAGUGUCCCACUGCUCAUACAUAAUUCAAAUGACUGAAGACAUAACAUGUGCGGUUUGCUGCAUGUUCAGAGCAUGUUUAAUUUUGUAUAAUUCCAAGAACAAGUCAAUGUGACAGGAGCAUCAUGCACGGAAGAAAGACAGUGUCUUUUGUAUUAUGUAUUAGCAGUGCGAGCGCGGCUUUAGGUAUCGGCAAUCGCGAUAUCAUGCAUCCCCGAAGCAUUGUGUGUCCAUGCGCUCUCGUGUUGCGCUCUCGUGUUGCGCUCUCGUGUUGCGCUCUCGCGUUGCGCGCUCUAAUUGUACACACGUUCCUGUCACAGCACUCUCAUGUCGUACGCUCUCGAUUUCUACAGCCCCCUUUCACUUCAGAGUAUUACACAGCCUCAGGAUGUGUUGAGUCGGCGGUUCGUUUAAUCACGGACAUGUCUUCGUUCAUCACAGCGUAUUCUAUGAGACAUGCAGUGUGUUAACGCGUCGCUUUCAACCAACAGAUAACAUGUGCUAAGUUUGUACAUAACGACAAACGUUGUGACUGUCAUCCACCCUGUGCGUAGCAAGGGCUUUGUAUAUGUGCAAUUCCAAAAGCUGUUUCAAAAGACUCUGCUGCGAAUAUUUUAUCUGGAUUGUUACUCUAGUCAAUGGUGACACGCUUUCGUGCAACAGUUCAUUCUGGUCCCACUAACUCUUCCCUACGUUUCUUAUAUUAUGCAGGACAUCCAUCGUGCGAAGUGGUACAUGCCCUGCUAAUAUCCCUCUACCACCUUAUUCAAUUAGCACCAUCUGGUUUGUUGUUCAAUGUACGCUUGGAGCAUAAAUAAAGGUUGAC